AUGUGUGUUAAUCGUGCCGCCGGCGACGACGCUGAAAUAAGCGUCUGCAGCAAGAAAGGUAUUUUCCGCGCCAGCUACAUGACCUAUGGUGACGGCAGCCGAUUCCAGUCCAAGGGCAUGUACGCAUGCCCGCACAAGCCGUUGCACUUUGCAUCUCUGUCAUCGUCUCCGAAGAGCAAGCACAUUACAGACGCCAUGCAGAGCGGCAACUUCGGAAGUAGCCUCCGUCAAAAGCUGUCUCCGUCUGCAAGUUUGACUACUGCUAGCAACAGCUCGCCCUCGCCUCUUCGAAGCUCAAUGCCCGCAUCUCCGUCCGAGCCAAAGCUGGUGAGGUUCAAGCCAACAGCCUUGACUUCUCAUCCGUUCUUGCCGCUCUUUGUAUCCGGAAACCACAAAGGGCACGUGCAUCUAUGGUCCUAUGAUCGGCUCAGUGCACUUUGUGCUUUUCAAACGAAAGACGUCGUGGCGCCCUAUCCAACGGGCCCGUCGAUGUCGUCCAGCUGGCGAAGCAUUAAGGCGCUAGGAUUCGACAGUCUCGGUCAGCAACUUGGUGCUGUGGAUGCCCCGGGACGUUUGUUUCUGUGGAAGUUCUCCGAGUGGGAUCGAGUGCCGUACUACCGCGAGAUGAUGUGUCAUGACAAGGGGGCCAAGGGACUCGCAUUUCUUAACUCGAGUAGCACCAUUGCCACUGUGGGGCUAUCGUCUGAGAAGAAGAAUGUGUGCGUGUGGGAUACACUCCUGCCAACAUCAAAAGCCGUCGUUGCGGCGCCGUCGUGCCACCCGGCAGGUGCCACUGCAGUCGUGUUUUCAUCGUCCCAUCAGUUGCUGAUCACGGGUGGUGCGAGUGGUGCACUAAGCAUUUUCGACAUGAGGCAGCGACGCGUCUUGCACACAAUCUCGAAAGCGCACGAGACUUCGAUAAAGACACUCGUGUUGCACCCGAGUGGCGACUGCAUGUUAUCUGGAUCUGCUGGUGGGGACGUCAAGAUCUGGUCUCUACCUCUGUUCCGGCAAGUUGUUUGUCUGAGCAAGGUGCAUGUCAAGCCCUCAUUCUUAGGCGAUGCUGCAACAAAUUUGCUGGGCGAUGCCGCGUCAAACGUGGCCAUCAAUGUGACAAAUUCUUCGUGGGGGGUGACCGAUGCUGUUGCUACGAAGGAUGCGUUCUUUACGAGCGGCACGGAUGGCUCGAUCCAGCGUCUCACAGUACCGUCGCAAUCGCAACUUUGA